UAAGCAUGUCCCUCUUCCAGUCCCCGCGGUUACCGACACCUCGCCCAAGUCAACCUCUCGCCUAGUCAACACUCACUAGCACUUAUCAAGAUGCUAGCCCGAAGAGAGAAGAAGAUCACCUCUUUGCAAGAAAGCAGAAAGAAGAAAAAGAGAAACAAAUAUCACAUGGUUGGACCGAAAAGAAAAAGGCAUGCCAACCGUGAGAAAGGCGGAGAAGUCGUUGCGGCCUCUGAAGUGCCGCCAGAACCGCAGCCAGAGCUACAGCCAGAGCCACAUCCAGAGCCAGAGCCACAUCCAGAGCCAGAGCUACAGCCAAGUACGGGUAUCACGUUUGAUCGGCUUCCUUACGAUGUCAUUUACAUGAUCAUCUCGGAAUUCUGCGCCGACCUCCCUCCACCGAGCGAACACUUGCCCACCUCCGCCCCCCUUUCCCUCCGCCCUCCAAAGGGUAAAUCCGGGAAAUUCUAUUCUAAGUCUACUCACCGCCAACUCCUCAAACUACCUCUCGUCAGCCGAACCUUCUACCACGCAGCUCAAGCGCAUAUCUUCAGACACAUCCCUCUCAUACUUCACCGUGAUCCCCAACACUGGUCCAGUUGCCUCGACUUCUGGGACAAUGAGUCCAACCGCGCCGUCAUGAACCGUAUCCAAAGUCUUCGUAUCGUCUUUGAUAUGGAUGAGCUCGGCAGAAAUUGUGAAAUAUAUGGGAGGCCCAGCAAGAAGUCGGGAGUAGGACUGGAGUGGGGUGAGGUGGGAAUCAGGGGUAAUCAGCUCAUGUGGGAAAUGGAACGGUUUGGAGAAAAGCUAGCAAUGCCCAUGGCGGGCUUGCCAGCCUUGAGGGAGCUGGAUAUUCGGAUAGACACCCAUUCGAAUGGCCCCAUCAUCCCCAUACUUCCAGCCAUUUUAGGUCGGUUAAUGACGGACUUGCGAGAGGCAUUCGAGUUUGGCCACUUCAACGGCCUGACUAGUCUGAGGUUGACGGCUGCUACCAACGAUUUGGUCCCGCUUUUGCGUAGCGUAUCGACCUCGGAGAUUUGCUCAAGUCUUCGAUCAUUCUAUUGCAAACGGCGGCCUGAGGAGCUUGUCCAAUACCCCAGAUAUUUCCCGGAGACUCCGGGGAAAAAGACAGUUUACAUCGAUGGGCAAUUCAAAGCUCGGGAAUCUGGUUCGAAACAAUUGCUAGCUGGCCUUGUUUGGAGGUGCCCCAAACUUAGAGAUCUUACAAUUCCCGAGUGGGCCCUGUUCAGCAGGGCAUUGAGGCUGCAUCCGGAGAACAUCGGUCUGGAGAGGUUGGCUGUGUUAGGAACUGAUAUCGUUCCAGUUCCACGGGCUAAACCGACUGAAGAUAUCAACUCUAUGAAGAGGUUGACCCGCAGAGGGGUGGUCAAUCUAGAAUUACAUGGCGGAAAACUUCCGACAUCGAAGGCUCAUCUUGUGAGAUUCGUCUACUUAGAAAACGCGCUAGGACGCAAGCUGAAAGUGUUUGGAGAUGGCGUUCAAUGCUACCCUAAACCAAAGGGCAACGGACGUCGCAAGCGUGGUACAAAAUAGGGAAAAUGAGUACC